UACUGUGUUCUGUUCCGUUUCAUUUUUGUAUUGUGUACAUUAACCUAGAAAAGAAAACUGCUAGGAGUGUCUUGUUUACUAAGUAUUUUUUUCGGAGGUUACUCUUAAUUUUAUUUAACCUUUUAAGUCGUAAACAUAUUACAGACUGUAUUUAAAGUGGGCCUACCAUAAAAGUGAUUUAGAAUAGUCCUAGAUAAUUUUUAGAAAAUAAGUGCAACAUUUGUUACUGUUACCGAAGUUGUGUAUAUUGUGUUCAAAGCAUAUUAAUCAUAUUCAGGUUAAAAGUUAUCUUUAUAAUUUUAUUUUCCAUUAAAAAAUGACAGCUCCAAUUGACAGACUUCAAACCUUGGAAGCUAUUGAAAAAGACAUCAUUCUUUGUUUACAAAGUGCAGGUCACGCCCUUCUGGAAUUGAGCAAGGAUAAAUCAAGUUUGAAGCAAGCAGAAAGCCACUCAAACCAAUUUCUAAAAACUCUUCAUCAUGUAGAAUCAAAACUUACAGAGCAAAUUAACUACCUCACACAAGUCUCAACAGGUCAACCUCAUGAAGGUUCAGGAUAUGCUUCUCAAAAAGUUCUCCAAAUGGCUUGGCAUCGCUUGGAGCAUCUAAGAAGUCGAGUCAAUGAGUUAGAACGCAAUAAACAAAAGCAGCUCCAAACUCAAACUCGGGGUAUGAUGAGACCUAUGCAACAACAACAGCCAAUGAACCAAUGAGUGAGAAUUUUGAAGAACAGUUUUGUAAUCAUGUUUUAGCAGUUCUUGGAUAAUGGUUUAGUAGUUAAUUUUUGUGAACAUCAUUUUUGUUGUAUCCUUGAAUAAUUAUGUAAAUAAAUGUAUUUAUGUCUAA